AUGAAUUCCUCGGACUUGUACCUUUUGAAUCUUUGCGAUAACAUCUUCCUGUCCUGGAGUUUCGUCAAUACUUUCUCUCUCCCGGUUUUCCUGGCGGUGAUCGUUUUGGCGUUGCGCUCUUCGAGCCGCAGCCACACAGACGUCCUCACGCUCCACAUGGCGGCCGUGGAGCUGGUGGGAGUCCUGGGCUCCGGCUUCUGCAUCUACUCAAGCAUCAAUCUCCACCACAUUCUGUCCUAUGCAGGAGAAAACCUGCUGUAUAUGGCCACGCUGGGGCAGUCGCUCUUUCACCUCCUGGUGUGUGGUUUUAAAAUGAAUUAUUAA